AUGAGCAAUAGCUUGUUUUGGCUUUUAUCUCUCCUUUCCAAAGUCUGUCACGCCAACUCCCCCCGCAGCCUCCUAGUCGAAGUUGCUUGCAUUGAGCGCCUGAUUGGCUGGGCGGAUCAGGAGUUGAACGAGCCUACGCACGGUGACAUUGCAUUUGGCCUCACAUUUAAUUACGACUUUUCGGAUGAUGCUUCACUCCUUGUCAAGCAUUAA